UUCAGUCUGCUGCUCCACACCGACCAUCAGCCAUGAUGCUGCAGGCCGCCACACUGGGCCUCCUCCUGAGCUCCAUCCACGCUGCCAGUGUCCACGUGCCUCUGGAUAAAGGGGGCGACUUCUCAGGCCACAGCGUUGAGGAGGACGACAGCAUCUCAGCCCUUUUAGAGAAGGCAAACGUAAACGUUGGUCAGGAUGCGGAUGAGCCCAUGGUGAUGUACGGAGACAUCGCCAUGCCUUCACUGUUACGGAACGCUGACCAGUGCACUGCAAAUCCUCGGGGUUGCCUGUGGCCAAAAGCAACCGAUGGCAACGUCUACAUCCCGUACAUCAUCGCCAACCAGUACAGUCAGCGAGAAAGAAGCCUCAUCCUGAGGGGUCUAGAGUCUUUCGCUCAGUCCAGCUGCAUCCGCUUCACCCCUCGCAAUGGACAGAGGGACUUCAUAAGCAUCGAGUCCCGCUCCGGGUGUUACUCUUUCGUGGGUCGGCAAGGGCGUCGUCAGGUGGUGUCUCUGUCCCGCCAGGGCUGCAUCUUCAACCAGAUCGUGCAGCACGAGCUGCUCCACGCUCUGGGCUUCAACCACGAGCAGACCCGCUCCGACAGAGACCAGCACGUCCGCAUCCUCCUGCAGAACGUCAUCCCAGGGAUGGAGUUCAACUUCAACAAGAAAAACACCAGGAACCUCGGCACUCCGUACGACUACACCUCUGUAAUGCAUUAUGGACGCUUCGCCUUCUCGAGGAACAGUCAGCCCACCAUCAUCCCCAUCCCAAACAGCAACGUGCCCAUCGGACUUUCCAGGCAGAUGAGUGCCAUCGACAUCCAGCGGAUCAACAUCCUCUAUCAAUGCAACUCAAGACAGUCCAAGCCGGCGCCAGAGAAGCAGCUCCUCUAGAGGGCAGUCAAGGUGCCACUUCGGAAUACGAGCGCUUCCAGCAGUGUAUCUGCAUUUUAUCUGAAAUGAUGACAGAGUAUUGCUCUGCUUUAGAAACCAUUAAAAC